AUGCGCUCACUUGAAGUGCUUUGCUCAUUGGCCAGGGAGAUGGGGUCGGCAAGCCAGGCGCUGUCGCUAAGAGAUCGGCGUGGGGAUGCUCAACGCAGUGGGUCUCAUAGCAGGUCAAAAAAUAGUGGUGGCAACAGAGAUAGACUUCAGAAGGCUGAAAUUAUUCAGCACUGUUUGGCGACGCUUAAGUGUAUAAAAGCCCUGUUGUUGUUGUUUGAUUCCAAGAGUGAGGACACCACCACCACCGCUGACCUUUCUCUUGACACUCUACGGUUCUGUGGGUGGCAAUACGUUGACCUAGAACACCUUCAGCGGGAGCUCGUAAGUGGCGAGCAAAAAGACACCGACGACGCCAUGUUGGUGGCCGCUCUCUUGAACGACACGUACGUUUCGUGGAUUAACUGCAGCCGCCUACUGUCGGAAACACUCUGUCACGACUGGGCGGCGGUACAAACUCUGGGUGGUGGCAGCAGCUGUUUUUCUAACCCCUAUGGUUUGCCGUUGGCAUCGCGGGAGUCGAGGCCUGAUCAUGCGGUGGACGCCAAUGUGAAGCCAGCUGAAGAAAAGAUAAGGGGAAAAGAGAGGGAAGGGUGGGACUCUUCCGAAGUUCCAUGUAAUGCCGCUAUUAAGCUACCACUCUUGGCGUCGCAGUUAUGGGCCCCAGAUGUGAAGGCAUGGCUGAUGCCUGAAGGNCCAGCGGCCCAAUGCCAUCCAUUUUCAGGCCCUGCUGGCCUCUUGGAUUCGUCGCUCUACGAAUGGGAUAAGAACGACAUCGAUGAUAGCGAUGAGCUUCCAACUCAAAGCGUAGAGUUGUUCUCUGUUGCAACAGCUACGAAAGGUACUCAGGCAGCUCCGCUAGAGGAGGAAAGAGGUCUUGUGGUGGCGUUGAACACCAGUGAUGAGGGCAAGCCCUCAUCCACGUCUCCGCUCAUCCAAGGGAUGACCAAGACGCAGAAGAAGAAAGUCCCUUGGAAGACGCGCUCCCAACAGGUGUCGAGGGCACCAAGUUUAAGGCACUUGGUGGAGACGGUGUUGACGGAGGACUACGGGUGGAGCAACUUGCAAUUGAAGGUGCAUGAGGUGCGCUUGGAACAGGCUACCACCGGGUGGGUGGUAGAGGCACAGGUAACGCUGGAUGACGGAAGGAUUAAGGUGAUUGCUCGUUCCCCCCCGCGCCAGCGUUCCCGCGUGGCGCAGCGCUGUAUCAUAUUGUAUUUGGCCCAACAGUUUCUUCCAAAUGAAUUGGUACACUACUGCUCACUCCAGCGCAGCGAUGUUUUUCCAUCGGAUAUGGCUCUGGGCGUGGAGCGUCUUGGUGAAGGUGGCUUCGAGGGAGGUGCGGUGUUCCAGUCCACUACCGACAUGAUCACUCAAGUUAUGAAUCUCAUAGAGGACGCAGACCCCGCACUGGCCCCGUUGUCGUGUUCGGUGGAGGAAUAUGGCGCAACUCAAGCGAGUCACAAAAGUGAGGGGUGGCACACGCAGCCGAAAUCUCGUCGGUACCGCGCUGUUUUGUGUUCACAAGCCGUGAAUGUUAUCAGCGAGCGCGUCGGCACAGAGGAUGAGAGUGCGGUGGGUGUGUUGUGCAGCGCGUUGCGUGCGGUGACCAAUCGUCUCGCUGGGGCAAAGGGCGAGCAGCUGUGGACGGAGUACGAGUGUCAUGCGCCGCCGCCCAUCGCCACUUCGCGUGAGCUGUCACUCUACAUGUUUAACGCCUUUUUUGGGGAUGUGCCACCAGCGGGUUGCCUCCAAAUUGACACUUCUUCUAAACCAGUUAAGGGAGUUGGUACAUUGUGGAAGGGCACGGCGUCGCUUUGCAUCAAUGGGCAAUGUGUGCAACUAGCAGAGGCGUACGCGUCCUCGAAGCGGGAUGCCGCAGUGCACGCCGCUAUUCUUGCCUGUCGGCUGAAUUUUUCGGACAGAUUGCAGUGGCUUCUUAGGAAGCCAGCGGACUCAACUGAGGGGGUGCAGUUGGAGGUCGCACAUGAGGUGCUUGAGCAGAAGAUUCUCACAUCUGUGGAAGAGGCAAUCGAAGCGGCAGACGCCGACAGCCGCGGGGUGAUGCCGUCGGCUUUUGACCUUCUUCGCCAUUUUGUGGCGAAGGAGUAUCACCAUUCCCGCGUAGUGGAGGCGCGGGUGUCUGAGAACGGGGACACAACGUACACCUGUGAGCUGUUCAUUCUGUCCAAUGGUUCGGUGGAGAUGCCGCCGCAUCAGAUAUCUCAGGCCGUGGGCGCCACUGCAAGUGAGGCACGAGGACAGGCGUCGAUGAUUGCCCUGCAGACUAUGUUCAAGAAACAGUACGAAGCGGUACUUGUUCAGUCCAAGUCCCCAUAA